AUGUUGCGAGAUAUACUGCCGAAUUGUCUGCGAGUGAAGCAAGUAUUGCCGCUUCAUCCGGUGGUAUGGCAGGAUGAAAGUUUCGCUGGAGGCUCAGUUUCGAUGCAGCAAUUGAUUGAAAAAUAUAGUCCAGAAUUUUCAGAGGGAGCAGCUUCCAUGCUGCAUCCUAUGUUGAUCAAUGGGCAUUUCCAAACGGCUUAUGCUGCUUAUAAACCUUUUAAGACGAUAGAUGUUGUGAAUUAUAAGCGGCUGGUUUUAAAGUAUCCUGAUAAUGGUGUUGGGACUUUGGACAUCGCCGUGAAGAGUUUAAAUCCUGAAAUCGAUGGUAAUUACGUUCCAGAAUCGCAGAAGACUCGUAGUUUGCCCGAGAGCUAUUCGUAUUUCAAGCCUGAUGAUCCACGUUUGUCGUCUAAUGAUGAUAAACCAAUGGUAAUCAUAUUGCAUGGUCUUACGGGAGGUUCUGCUGAAAGUUAUGCCAGAACAUUGGUUAAUAGAAUUACCACGUUGUACAAUUUUGAAGCAUGUGUGUUCAACGCAAGAGGUUGUUGUCAGUCGUCAAUCACUACUCCACAGCUGUAUAAUGCAGGGUGGACUAAUGAUAUAAGGCACUGUGUGAACGAUCUAAGAUCACGGUUCCCCAACAGAAAGCUUUAUAUGGUCGGUUUUUCGCUUGGAGCCUCGGUAAUGACUAAUUAUAUCGGUGAAGAAGGUGCAAAUUCCUAUAUCAAAUGUGCAGUUGCUUUGGGAAACCCUUGGGAUCUUACUCAUUCGUCCUAUUAUAUCAACAAUACUAAGAUGGGGGCCAGAUUUUAUUCACCAGCAUUGGCUCAAAAUUUAGUCGAUCUUUCAAAAAGUCAUAUGGAAAUGUUAAAGAAAGACCCAAAGAUGAGGGAACGCUAUGAGAGUAAGAUGGUUAAUAUAAACACCGUUGAGCAAUUCGAUAACUUCUUUACAGCACCUAUGUUUGGCUAUAACACAGCCACAGAGUACUAUAGAAAUGCUUCGUCAUGCAAUAGACUGCUCUCUAUUCGAACACCUUUCUUGGCUAUAAACUCGUUGGACGAUCCUAUCGUUGGUUUCGAAGCAAUGCCAGAGGAAGAAGUGAGGGCAAAUCCAUUUACGUUGUUGGUCGAAACCACAAAGGGUGGCCAUGUGGCGUGGUUCGAAGAUACAAAGGGGAAAAGAUGGUACACUGAUCCAUUGUGCAGAUUUUUGAGUGGCUUCCAUAAAGAGAUUGUUCUAAAGGGCUUAGAACCCUCAACAGAUGGUGAUUUACCACAGAACAAUUUUGGUCCCGUUAUGACCACACAGCUAGAUUACGACUAG